GAAACAGAUAAAAACCAAAAUAUUUCGUUAUCAGGCUCAGUCUGAGUCGGUUGGUCAGAAGAAUCACGUCGCGUAUCAGCAAACUCGUAUCAGAAUGGAUCGCUGGGUUGGAAAGGUAGCCGUAGUGACCGGUACCAGUUCGGGCAUCGGUGCCGCCAUUGCCAAGGAUUUGACCAAGGCUGGCAUGGUGGUUGUGGGGUUGGCACGACGCGUAGAACGUACCGAGGCGUUGAAGGAGGAUUUGCCGGAAUCGGCAAGGGAUCGGCUUCAUGCGGUCAAGUGCGAUGUGUCCAAGGAGGAAGACAUUUUGAAGACCUUCAAGUGGGUGGAGGAGAAGUUCGGAGGAGUUGACGUGAUGAUCAACAAUGCUGGAAUCAGUCGCCAGACGGAUCUUCUCGAUGCGGGGAAUACGGAAAUGCUGCGGGAAGUGCUGGAUACCAAUGUGAUGGGGCUGGUGCUGUGCAGUCGGGAGGCUUAUCAAUCGAUGAAGAAACGUUCGGUCGAUGGUCACAUCAUUCAUAUCAACAGCAUUGCCGGACACAAGGUGCUCAACUUCCCCAAAAUAAACAUUUACAAUGGCUCGAAGCAUGCCGUAACAGCCAUCACGGAAACGAUGAUGAACGAGCUGAGGAACGCUGGGACGAAGAUUAAGGUCACGAGCAUCAGCCCUGGAGCUGUUGAAACGGAAAUCAUCCCGGAAUCCAUGCGCAACGGGAAAUACCCCAUGCUGGAAGCCGAAGACGUUUCGGAAGCUGUACUGUACGCCCUCGGAACCCAUCCACGCGUUCAGAUCCAAGAAUUGACGAUCAGACCGGUUGGGGAAUUUUUCUAAGCGUUUCUCGAAUCUACGAAGUGUUACAAAUUAGUUGUAUUUGAUUAAACAAAAACGCAUUGUGUUUCCGCAAUGUGGAACAAAUGUUAAAGCCAA